ACGACCAAGUGGCAACAUUAUUAUCAUUUUUCAUAUCUUGUUUUACGCGAUACCAAAGGAGAAGACCGCAAAUAUUUCCCAACAAAUUUCCAAAAUAUUGGCCAAAAUUGCUAAUUGGAAAGAAGAAAAACCCGCCAGGAACAUCUCCAGAAGUAUGACUGGCACAAGAUUUGCUCGCACAGGCCGCUGCCGGUUUUUUGUGUGCUUGGCUGUCCUGACCGUGAUGCUGUGCAUGGUGGCGAUUUUUCACAGCUCGCAGCAGCAACUAGAUGAGACACGCGAGCAACGUUUGCGUUGUGAAAGACAGCAGGAGCAGUUGAAUGAGCAACUUCAGAAUAUGGCGGAACAAAAAUACAAUCAGCAAAAAACGUUGGAACAGGAACGAAAUGAACAGAUGGAAGCUCGCCAUAAUCUUGAGCAAAAACUUAAGGAGCUGACGAUACUGCGUACAAAUGAGCAAAUGGAUGUACGUGUACGUUAUGAUAAGUUGCAGCAGACCCACAAAUUGUUAAAAAGUGAGCAUAACGAAUUAGUUGCUGAGUGUCAAAAAAGCAAAAAGCAGUUACUAGAAAAUACCAACGGUCUGGAAAAGAAAUUACAAUCUGUGCGUUCAGAAGCUGACAAAGAAAAAAACGUACUUAAUGGGGAGAUUACUUUGUGGCGGGAAAAAUAUAACGCCAUUCUAGCCGAAAAAGAACGGAUGGAGAUCUUGCUCGAUGCUGCUGGCGCAAAGACCGAGAUGCAAAGCAAAAUAAUGCAAUUAGAGCACAAGAUUACAGAAUAUCAACAACAUUGUGAUUACAAACCGGAAAUCACAAGUCAUAACGAUAAGCCACUGAGCCCACCAAAUACUGCCCGCAAUACAAGUACACAACCUCGUGUUGAGAAAUCCUUUAGUGAACAAGUGCGCGUGAGUCCCGGUCUAUAUCACAUCGAUAUUAAGCUAACUAACAAAACGCAAAACAUUGCUUCUUCGCAUGCGAAUCAAAGUAUUUCAGCUACUAACAAUACAGAAUUUACAUCUAAAUCCGACGCUGAUGGUACUGAUCCAAAGAUAUUAUCAAAACCAAUCGAGAAACUAGGCGAUGGGGGUGACGGUUAUGUCAUGGCCCAAAUACGACAGCCUCCUGCCAACCAAUCUGCUGCCUCGGUUGGAAGCAAAGCAAUAUCGCCGUUAAGUCCACCCCGUAAAACGGGCACAACUGAGGCAUCAAAAUCCGAACAACAUGUACUGGAGGCAAAUGCGCCAGUGAAACAGACAAAUAGCUCAUCGACUACCAGUAGCGGCUUGCCACCAUUACCUAUGCCACCAAACCCUCGCAAAUUACCAGAAAACGUGGCGCCCAUACCAGCUAAUUUUGAUGAGCUUUUGAAAGAUGAUCGUGGUGGUCAAAAGGCAGACAAUGCGAAAGAAACAGAUGUAGAUGCAGCAGAGGAGGUGCAAAAAAACGAUAAUGAUGAAGCCAAUAACAAUCGCUAUGCCAACGCCAUAAACGACAUGGAACCGAAAGCAUCUAACAAAGAAGCGGUUUUUGCAGCUGCCAAUGCGGCGAACGAGGACUCUGGUGCUCAUGAAAUUAAAGACAAUGAUUUUAUGAACGACCAAAAUUUCAACUUGCCAGCCAAUGAAGAUAAUAACUUCUUCGAUGGUGGUGGUAAAAAUGAAGCAGCGGGAAACGCUGGCGAGAAGACAAAAGGUGAUGAGAAUGACGAUGAUGAAGGGCUUGCUGGUGCGGUAGAUGCUGGCGAUAUAGCAGUUAAAAACCAAAACUUGUUGGAUACCAAUAAUUUAAACAACGAAGUUGUUGGUGACCAGGGCAAGGAAUUCCCCGAUGAACUACGUUUAGAAGAAAACAAUGAGGAAGAUGAAGAUGAGGAUGAUUAUUCGAAUCCAGCAGCUCGUCAACAGGGUGAACAAGCAAUUAGAAAUUAAAGGAGCUCUACCAGUUCAAUAGCUGUUAAAUGAAUAAUAUUUAAAAUAUGUAAAGCGGCACAUACACUUGCACGUAAGACGUAUGAAGGGCGAAGUAACAUAAACAAAAUAUUUCGCUUGUACGCACUUAACCAAACUAACAUUUGAACAUUCAGAUUCACAUACAUACAUUUAUAUGCUAUCAAUAAAAUGCUGUUGGCUGCAUGUUGGAAAAAAUUCCCAUUAAACAAAGCAGAAAAAAUUAUAAUGGAUGAGGAAAAAACAAAACUUACUGGAAAACGCUUCCAUUAGAAAAUAAAAGUACUGCAGUAAUAAAAGUUAAAAUUAUUAAUAUAAAUACUAUGCAUAUAGUCGCAUACAUGCAUUCAUCCUUAAACCUAUAUGUAUACUAACAACGGUUUUGAACCUUUGACUAGAUUUGAAUUUAAACUUGAUUGAAUUCCAAAAUGUCAAAAUACAAAGCAUCAGUCUCUUUUAUUUCUAUACUAUACUUAUAUUUCGGACUAUAAGAAAAAAAGUCUAACUUGCGCAACCUAGUUGAAAACUACCAUAUAACCGUGGUUGCGCAUAUUUGGCAUUACAAUCUACUGAGGUAUAUAAAUAAAAGAGACUGAUGCUUUGUAUUUUGACAUUUUGGAAUGCACCCCUACUUAUCAAUUUGCAUUCCUUUCCCCUUUCAUCUAUUUUUAUGAAUUUCUGUGAUAACAUUCAAAGGUUCUACAAAAAUAUAAGUCUGUACUCGCCCAAGGUGCCCAAAAAAACCCUUUUGCUUUCUAUAUAUCGUUUCCUUAAUUCACAAAGGCCCUAAUAAACAAUUUUUUUUUUUUACAGCAAAAGUAAAAAACUUCAUAAAAAGAGAUUCAAAAACGGACUUUUCAAAAAGUGGCAUGUAACUGGGCUUUUUUUUUUUUUGUUCCAACACUUUAAAAUUUUGAUUGAAGGUUGAUUUUUUUAUUACCACUGAACAAAAUCUGAGAAAACGCAGUUUCGAAAAAAGUGUUGGUUAGGUAGGGCCUUUGUGAUAAUACAUGUAUAUACAUGCGUAUCACCAGUGCAAUUAAAUUUGUCGUAUUAGUAUUGCAAUUUGCAGAAUAUUGAUAAGCAAGUGUAGUGAUGAUAUGUCCAUAUGUAUAUAUAUAUAAGGCAGUCUAAAUUCACGUUCAUACAUAUACCCCGUGUCGAUAUUAUAUAUGCACCACAUAUUGACAUGUUUUCACUUUUUGUAUUUAUUUAAUUUAAUUUUAAUUAUUUUCUUUACAAAAAUAUAGUUAAUUUUUAACAAAAACCGUAUGAAUCCAAGUUUCAAACUUUGAAAAAAUCAACUCGUAAAACAUUUAAAAUUUUUAAUUAGGUUUCGUAGAAAGAUUUUGAGUGCAGUUUGUAUCCCAUUCAAUUUUUGUACUUUUAAUUUUGUCAUUAUUUUUAAGGGUGUGCAUUUUCCCCAUAUAAAUCAUGUAAAUCAUGGAUUGCACUUUAUUCCACUAAAAUAUCUAAUUAAUAAACUUGAAAUUUUUACGCAAGUGUUAACUUUUUUUUUAUUGUACAAAGUUUAAAACUUGGCUUUAUACGGCUUUGAACUAUAUUUUAAUAAAAAAUAACUAAAAUUAAAUACAAAAAAAUAUAAACUGUUAAAACUUGCCAAUAUGUGAUGGGUUUAUAAUUUUUACACAUGGUGUGUAUGCAUACAUAUUUUAGGCGAACGUAUAUAAAGCAUUAUUUUAUGUCUAGUUUAAGUUUAAAUUAUAUUUAAAAUUAAUGCUAUAUUGCAUUUAGAAUUUUCUAUUUUUUUAUGUUUUAUUAAAAAAAGUAUGUUAUUUUUUAAAGUGCAAUUCGUUUGUCCCAAGAUUCCUCUUUAGUCGUCUAUUGAAUUUUGUAUACUAAUUGUCAUUUU